AUGGAGAGGCGGAGCAAUAGGAGGCUCUGGAGGUGGAGCCGUAGGAAGCUCUGGGGGCGGAGCCGCAGGAGGCCACGUAGGCGGAGCUGCAGGAGGCUCGAGGGGCUCUGGGGGCGGAGCCGUAGGAGGCUCAAGAGGCUCUGGGGGCGGAGCCGUAGGAGACUCGGGGGGCGGAGCCCUGGAAGGCUCGAGAGGCGGAGCCCUGGAAGGCUCGAGAGUUUCAGGAGGCGGAGCCCUGGAAGGCUCAAGAGGUUCGAGAGGCAGAGCCCUGGGGGGCUCGAGAGGCUUGAGGGGUGGAGCCCUGGCAGGCUCGAGAGGCUUGAGGGGCGGAGCCCUGGCAGGCUCGAGAGGCUUGAGGGGUGGAGCCCUGGCAGGCUCGAGAGGCUUGAGGGGCGGAGCCCUGGAAGGCUUGAGAGGCGGAGCUCUGGGAAGCUCAGGGGGCGGAGCUCUGGAAAGCUUGGGAGGCUUGAGAGACGGGGCCCUGGAAGACUCGAGAGACUUGAGGGGCGGAGCCCUGGAAGACUCGAGAGGUGGAGCCCUGGAAGGCUAGAGGGGCUUGAGGGGCGGAGCCCUGGUAGGCUCGAGAGGGUUGAGAGGCGGGGCCCUGGAAGGCUCGAGAGGCUUGAGAGGCGGAGCUCUGGGAAGCUCGGAGGGCGGAGCUCUGGAAAGCUUGGGAGGCUUGAGAGACGGGGCCCUGGAAGACUCGAGAGACUUGAGGGGCGGAGCCCUGGAAGACUCGAGAGGUGGAGCCCUGGAAGGCUAGAGGGGCUUGAGGGGCGGAGCCCUGGUAGGCUCGAGAGGGUUGAGAGGCGGGGCCCUGGAAGGCUCGAGAGGCUUGAGAGGCGGAGCUCUGGGAAGCUCGGAGGGCGGAGCUCUGGAAAGCUUGGGAGGCUUGAGAGGCGGAGCCCUGGAAGACUCGAGAGGCUUGAGAGGCGGAGCCCUGGAAGGCUCGAGGGGCUUGAGGGGCGGAGCCCUGGUAGGCUCGAGAGGCUUGGGAGGCGGAGCCCUAGAAGGCUCGAGAGGCUUGAGAGGUGGAGCUCUGGGAAGCUCGGAGGGCGGAGCUCUGGAAAGCUCGGGAAAUUCGGACGGCGGAGCUCUGGAAGGCUCGGGAAACUCGGAUGGCGGAGCUCUGGAAAGCUCGGGAAACUCGAAAGGCGGAGCUCUGGAAAGCUCGGGAAACUCGGAUGGCGGAGCUCUGGAAAGCUCGGGAAACUCGGAAGGCGGGGCUCUGGAAAGCUCGGGAAACUAGGAUGGCGGAGCUCUGGAAAGCUCGGGAAACUCGGAUGGCGGAGCUCUGGAAAGCUCGGGAAACUCGGAUGGGGGAGCUCUGGAAAGCUCGGGAAACUCGGAUGGCGGAGCUCUGGAACGCUCGGGAAACUCGGAGGGUGGAGCUCUGGAAAGCUCGGGAAACUCGGAUGGCGGAGCUCUGGAAAGCUCGGGAAACUCGGAGGGUGGAGCUCUGGAAAGCUCGGGAAACUCGGAUGGCGGAGCUCUGGAAAGCUCGGGAGGAGGAGCCCUGGAAGACUCGAGAGACUUGAGAGACUUGGGAGGCGGAGCCCUGGUAGGCUCGAGAGGAGGAGCCCUGGAAGGCUCGGGAGGUGCUGGCUCUAG